AUGACUGAGUCAAAACCCAAAUUAUGCUUUUCAUUCAGUCAGCGUAAAAAGCAGCCAAUUUUGAACCCUGCACUUAAAAGUACUGAUGAAAAAAACGAAUCAAAAGCAUGUAAAAAGGAGUUUAUCACUUCCAUUGAAGACAAUAUAAUUUGCUCUACUACUCCAAAAGAAGAGGACAUUGUCAUACCCUUAAAACGUAGUAAAAAUAACUUUAGGGAUCGAGUGCAGAAAAAGUUUGUCACAGCUGAUCCAUCUGAUGCUCUCACAUUGCAAGCAUUGAGGGAAUUAAGAGAGGAAAGCGAAGCAUUUAAAAGCAAAAAUCAAGAUGGUCGUGUAGACUACGACAUCAAAAUACCUAUAGGCAGUCCAGAAGCUACUGAAGAGGCAGAUGAGGCGGACUAUGACUCCGUUCCUAUAGAAAAGUUCGGUGUGGCACUGCUUGCAGGUAUGGGUUUCGAUCCAAAAUCACUCGAUAGUUCUAAAAAAGAUGUCUUGUUACCACAACGACCAAAAGGUCUCGGACUCGGUGCAGACCCAACUGCAGUUCAGAAUGCAAAACAAGAUGUACUGACAUCAAAAACAGAAGAGCUGACCUGGACACCGGGUGCACGUUGCCAGAUUAUAUUCGGGAAGAACAAAGGGCUGUACGGCACACUUGAAGGUGUAGAUGGAGAUACUGGCAGAGUAGUUGUGAGGCUAAAGAUUUCAAAGGAAGUAAUCGAUGUACUUCAACAUACUGUCCGCUUGGUCUCAAGUAAAGAAUACGCUGUAUAUUCAAACUGUAUAAAUCAAAGUGAAGUUGAUGAAUAUAAAGCACGUGAAGCUGAACAGCUUUCAAAAAAGUUAGAUCGUGAUGUAGAUUUUAAUUCAUCAAAAGUACAGUCGAACGGAAAGCAUCACCAGUCACAUCAUGAUUCACGUUCUAGAACAUUCAAGAAUAUGGAUGAAGAUAAACCAUUAAAAUGUGAACCAAGGAAACCACCCGGUAGCACAGAUUGGCUAAGACCGAAGCUAAUUGUUCGAUGCUUAGAUCGAAACUAUUGCAGCGGUAAAUAUAAUGGGGAAAAGGUAACUGUUGUCACUGUGAAUUCUAAUCGAUGCAGCUGUAAAACUGAAUCUGGUCAAAUCAUUGAAGGUCUGUCAACAAAAUAUUUACAGACCUUUAUACCAUAUGAAAUGAAUUCAGUUCUAAUGAUUGUUAACGGUGAGAGAAGUGGUCAGCUUGCACGUUUAAUCAAGCGGGACAGUCAAAAUCAAAUGGUAGAUGUCAAAACUCGUGCUGGAAUCCUUCUACGUUAUCACUUCGAUAGUAUAUGUGCAAUUAAUGAUCCAUUCGAUAACUAG